UUUUCGCAUGGGUUCACUGAUCAAGUUGUGUGUAGUUUGCAUUGGUGGCCAUAGAGUUCCCAUGUUCAUGUCCUGCUACUUUUCUUUUAAAUAUGGUGCUUCAUGCGCCUGUGUACACAUACAAACAUAUUACAUGUCUAACAACUUGGACCAGAGCAAGUGAAAAUUGUUACAUAUAUAAUAAAUCCACCCUGACAUCAGCCUGUGCCUACAAGUCUUGCCCCCAUAUAUAGCAGAGGGAAGACACCAAACCACAAGGAAAAGUAGCAAAAGAAUUUGAAGAGGGAUUGAGGGGGGAGGGGAGCUGUCUCCUUCGAUCUCGUUCUUGCCUUUUUGCCUCUCUCGAGGUCAGCUUCUGGUGGAUUCAGCAAAACAAAUGGCGUAGAGCGGGGAGCAAGAGAUUACGCACGCCGCGGGCACCGAUUUCCUUCAAGAAUCUGCAAGAAGCGGAGGAUCUGUCGAGUCCGACUGUUCUAAGAAGCAGCUCGAUUCUCGAAACCCUAGCUAGCAAAGUAGCAAGCUAGCUACAAGAGAAGGAAGCUGGCGAACAGGUGGUGGGACGAGGGGCGGCUCGGCCUGCCGGAGCCAUCCCUAGGCAAGAACCAAGAAGAAAUGGCGCCUUCGUCCAAGGACGGCGCCACCGAGCAGCCGACGAGCGGUGGGAGCGGCGACGACCGGGAGAACGGCACCGGUGAGCCCAAGGAAGGUGCGGUGGUCACGGGCAACCGGCGGCCGCGCGGGCGGCCGCCGGGUUCCAAGAACAAGCCCAAGCCACCCAUCUUCGUGACACGUGACAGCCCCAACGCGCUGCGCAGCCACGUGAUGGAGGUGGCCGGCGGGGCCGACGUCGCCGAGUCCAUCGCCCACUUCGCGCGCCGCAGGCAGCGCGGCGUCUGCGUGCUCAGCGGCGCCGGCACCGUCACCGACGUCGCGCUCCGCCAGCCCACCGCGCCGGGCGCCGUGGUCGCCCUCCGCGGCCGCUUCGAGAUCCUCUCGAUCACCGGCACGUUCCUGCCGGGACCCGCGCCGCCGGGCUCCACGGGGCUGACCGUGUACCUCGCGGGCGGCCAGGGGCAGGUCGUCGGCGGCAGCGUGGUCGGCACGCUCAUCGCGGCGGGCCCCGUCAUGGUGAUGGCGUCCACGUUCGCCAACGCCACCUACGAGAGGCUGCCGCUGGACGACGCCGAGGAGGAUCCAGGGCAGGCGCAGCUGCCUCCCGGCCCCGGCGGAGGCCCCCCUCUGAUAAUGGGCGGGAUAGCCGAUCCCUCGGCGAUGCCAAUGUUCGGCGGCGGCGGCGGCGGUGUGCCGCCAAGCCUGAUGAUGCCAGGAGGCGCCGCCGCCUCCGGUGCGGGCCUGCAGCUCGGGCACGAGGGGCUUGCUUGGGCUCGUGCACGGCCACCGCCAUACUAGGAGGGGAUCCAUGUCUGAGAAAUUCGAGUAGAAAUGGAGGAUCGUUCAUCGCUCCGGCAGCCUCAAGGACGAGCUGAGUGCGACUCAUCAUAUAGUUACUUCAAGCUAGAACUGAAGAUCGAAUUAAGCAUGCUGCCAGGAGCAAAUAAAAGGUUGUUCGACUAGCUAAUACACUAUCUGGUAAGAAGGUAAACUAGUACUUUAUACUACGACUACAAACUGCAUGCAUGUGAGAUACCAUCGAGCUUGCACUGUAUAUAUAUGGUUUAGAUGCAGCGUGAUAAAUUAGAUGACGGGAUGAUUAUUAUAUACUCUUUGUCUCUUUGAUCUCUCUUCUGCAAAAGAUGGUCUGUGUGAAUUCUUUUUUGUUCAUUUUUAUCAGUCCAAUUUUGGUAUGAUAUAUAUAUGACUGGCGAAGUGCAAAGUGAUGAAUCCUUUUGGUAAAGAUGAACUUCA